AUGUCUUCCAAGCUCGAUGAUGUGCAUAGGCCCGCACGACCUCGUUCAAACACAAGCACAUUUGCGUCGUUCAAUUGGCGUCGGGGUAGACCUGAUUCUGCCUCGACGCCGGUGCCUAGCCCCUCCGCAGCGUCCUCUUUACCGCUCGAAGACCUCAUAGAAGCGCUAACUCCUCCCGCCGUACCCUCCCUUAGUCAUGCCCGUGCACUCGCUCAUGCCCUUUCUGCCAAAAACCCUAACCCAAAGCUUGCCAUCUUGAGCCCGAUACUCGCUUCCCUGUGUUCAACCAAUUCGCCCUUGUCCCUUCAAGCUGCUGGCUACGAUGUACUAGCUGCUUACUGGGAGAACAGCGGGUCCUCAGUUUUGACUACAGGUGACAGGCUUUCGUGCCUAGCAUUGUUUCUCAACCCUGUGGUAUCAUGGUCGCAAGAAGUUUGGGAGUUUCGCUUCAAAGCCCUAGUUGCUAUCAUUCAAUCCGGCGCCGAGACGAUUGGAAUGGAAGGCGACUUGUUGAGAGUGCUCAGAUCUUGGAUUGAGGGAGCCUUCGAGGCCUUGACGCGCCGUGAUUCCCCCGCGCCCUCCGAGGAACUCAGCGAACGACAACGCAGCGUUGAGGUCCUCACGGCGUUUCUGACCUCAUUAGUCGGUAAAGCCGAGUUCGUGUCCAGACUAUCAGAACAGGAUACUGCGGAUGUUUUGCAGCUUUGGGCUGGCCUGCUGGACCGCGCUUUGCUGGUACCCCUGGACUAUACUACUUUGGCUUCGCCUCCUGCUUCCCAGGCGCAUGAUCCAAAUUCAUCAAAGACGACGUCCCCUAACAGGAUUUCCCUUGCGCACAAACGGCAUCAAUCAUCAACAUCACUUUCUCAAGUAUUCUCACCCAAACAUCCGGCGGAUAUUGUUGUGGACGCCUAUCUGUCCUAUCUCGGUACACGUCUGAAAGCGCUCGCUCCGAGCCAUCUCAAGACGAUUCUUCCGCUUCUCUUUCGUGCUCUUGCUUUCUACGCCAGUCCUCUCCCUCGAAUAUCGCUUAAUCCUAGCUCACCCCACCAGAACAGCAUCGAGAAGCGAAUCACAUCUGUACUCAAUUCUCUUGUAGCCGGUCCGUACUCGUCGAACUGCACAUUUUUAUUGAAACACUUCUUGUUUCCUGCAAACGACGCAUCGCCCGCGAGCAUUCAAACAUCGCUAGGUGCACUCAAGACGUUUCGUGCAUCUAUACGUGAGUUACUCAUUAAUCGCUUGGCUCGUGCAUACAUCACCCGAACGACGUCGAUGGAUUACACGCCGGCUGGCGUCCCUACGCACAUCGACCUUGAGCGUGGGCUCAUGGAGCGUGCGUGGUCCAAAGAUGAUGCUGCCUCGUGGGACUUGCUUAGGUUCCGCAACGUGCUCCGUCGUGCAGUAAAGGCAUGGGUCGAGAAGGACAAGAACGAACAGCCGGGUGUUAUCGAUGCGUCAAGGGAGGUUGUGCUUAGUGAGGUGGCUGCUAUUCUUAAGGACGUUGUACAAGCGCUCGAUGAAAGAGGGGAAAGUGAGGACGUCGAUGAUGAGGAAGUAAAUGCUGUUGGCGACGUUUUGUGCGAACUCAUAGCGUAUGUGCAUCAACUGAGGACACGGGAAGGCGGUCCUAUUGUGCUCUCUUUGUCGCGAACGGACGAGACCUCGCCUUUCCUCAGUGUUGUCUCCGGGCUCCUUUCUCAAGAUCUGAUGACCACGCCUCUUUAUCCAGUUCUACCAACUAUCAUCCUCUCUAUGGCUGAGCAUAUAGCCGAUUCCGAUACUGCCCACUUGCUUAUGACAAUGUCAGAACGCCAGUCUUUGUCUCCGACGUCCCCAGCAUGGCUGGAGCACUGGCAGAGUGUUUUGGUUAUGCAUGGCUUAUAUACAUCUGCACGCACUUUGACACGCCAAAUCGCCAUGGAUGUUUUGCAGUCCGUAUGGGAGUUUGUGAAGGACAUCUCGGUUUAUCGCAGGCCUCUCGCAGAACUUAUUUAUGACAUUUGGAAGCGUCAGACGUCUAAGGAGAUGGAGGAUGUCCCAGUCACAGUUAUUUGGAAUAUUCUGGGCGACGAGAUCGUGCUCCGCAGCGUGGAGGCGCGAGGAAAUUUGGAGACCGACGGACGGCAGCUCGCGGAUGAUAUGCUCGACUACCUGAAAGCCAUUGCGCACGAGAAACAAGAGGAAGAUGAUGACGCCGCGUCCGUUCAGACUACAGACCACCCCUCGGUUGUAUCCCCUGUAACUGCUAUGGCCUCACCUGUGAUGUCUCGCAUGCAGACAGAUAACCAGCGAGAGAAAGAAUCGACUAUCCCGACUGUGAUGUCGCUCCUUUCCUCUUUCACAUCUGGUAAUGCCUCACGCUCUCAAUCACAACCUCGCCAAUCUGUGGAGCCUCCUCCCGUUGUCGAAUCUCCCCCCUCGAUGCCUCCCGAGUUGCCCCCGAUGCCAAAGACGGUCGGUGCUGUCGUAGCAUUGAUAUCUGUCUUUGGCCAGCUUGCCUUUACGCCCCUGAAACUAUCCGAUGACUGCAUAGAACUUGCUGCUCGUGUAUUCCACCUGCUGGUCGACCUUAUCUCGGAUGCGGAAUGCGUGCGCGCUCGCCUCACCGUGCUGCAGUUCUUGAUGCGCCUCCGCGUAGAUCGCGAUCAUAAGCUGUACUUCGCAUCAACGGACUAUGACAAAGACGGCUGUGUCCUAUCCCUGACAAUGCUGAUCAACAGGGCACCGAAUGCGUCAAUGUCGGCUGAGUCGUCGGGCGAACAUGAGUAUCGGAGUGCGCGGCCGCGCGUACCUCAGGAAAGAGACGGAAGGAGGCCAUCACGGGGGAGGGGUGGACAGCCACAGAAGAUAGAAUCAAGGAGUCGCUCGAGGACUACCAGGUUGGUCCCAACACCAAUCUCAUUUAGACGAUCGAAGGCUAGAGAUCCGCUGUGGUCACUCCCCGAGAUACUUCCCUUUUCUUUGGCGGAUAUCGACACGCCCAGUGAAGGAAUCAUGUCAUAUGAUCCGUCGGGCUCGCGGCAGGGAAUAGUGUUGUCAUUCGGGACCUACCUGGAAAAGCUGGUCGGAAUCUUCACGGUGGAGCGGGAGUGGGAGAUCUUGUCAUAUGUCUUGUGUCACCUUCCUACUCAGCUCGCAAACAAGCAUCUGUUUUGUGGGCCGAAGACUAAAGCUAUGCUGGGCCAGAUGCUGGCUGCCAUCUCUACAGGCAUUAUCAAUGGGAACCUGGCCGCGAACAUUGAGGGGUGGCCGGAUAAUUUCAUCGCACGGGACGCGCAUGGAUUGGCUUACAACACACUAUCGGUACUCAUCAGCUACAAGCGCUGUUUUCCCGAAGUGCAGCAGCAGCAUCGGCUGGUGGAGGCAUUCUUAUUGGGACUGAACGGCCAGCCGUCGACAAUCAAAUGCUGUUUAAACGCACUAUCGCUUUCGGCAUUUGAGCUACAGCCAUCAAUGACCAGAUCUUUAUCGAGAAUUUUGGAAAAGCUCUCCCAGAUCAUGUCCAACCCUGCGAUGGCGGUUCAUAUCAUCGAUUUUCUCGCCAUUGUGGGCUCACUCCCUAGCCUCCAUGCAAACUUCACUGAAGGUGAUUACAAGAUGGUCUUUGCGGUUGCCCUCCAGUAUCUUCAGCACCACAACCGGCCAGACGAGUCUGUGACGAUGUCGUGGGCGCUAUCGCAGCAUGUCCGCAUCAUGUCCUACUAUAUUGUUUAUAUCUGGUUCUUGGCUGUUGAUCUUCCCGAUCGCCCACGGCAUAUCAAGUUCAUCUCGCGUCAGUUGCUACUCGCCAACGAAGGAAAGGAAGAGGUAGACGAGCCCGCCGAAGUCUGCUUUGAUUGGCUGGCGCGAUAUACUUACGGCAGCGCCGAUCCACGUCCUGCAAGUUCCAUGUUGAGUGAGCUAGUGAUGAACCCUGCCCUCCAGCAACGGUCUUCGGAGCCUGCUAUCAGUGAGAAGACAUGGAUCGCAGGCAAUGCAGUGAUCACGGUCCGAUCACUGAUGAGACGUGGUUGGGUGGAAGUUAUGUCUCGCCGGGCUUCGGGUCUCACAAAGUUCAUUUGCAGGGUAGAGAAUGUGCCUAUGGUGUCGGUCGGAGAUGAUGAUCCAGACAUGGUAGCGUUGGCUGCUAGUGUUACUCUCGAACGUGGAGUGCAGUCUUCAGCGUCUUCUAUUGCGCAGACUUUAUCGUCUCCUAGAGAAAACGGGUCGCUUAUGCAUGACCUGCAACAAACUCUCACCCAGGAUGGCGAUGAACCCCCGCCGAAGCCGGACCCAAUCACAGGAUAUGUUUGGAGUGGCUCUGCGCCGUCUCAGCGGCGGAAGACCGUCGCCAUCGAUCCUUCCUACUUCGCAUUGCAGCUGUCUUCGUAUCCUGAGAAUGUUCCCAACAGGAUGAAGCUCGUCAAUGAUUCCAAACGAUUAUCCAACUUCUUCCGUUCGUUGGAUCGCAUGCCGGUCAUUGAUACCCACAAAGUAGGCAUUAUGUACGUUGCACCUGGUCAAACGCACGAGAGCGAAAUCUUGCGGAACACCCACGGGUCGCCAGCAUAUAGUCGUUUCCUGGAGGGAUUAGCUAGGCUGAUCAAGCUACGUGACCAAACAGAUGUGUACGUCGGAGGAUUGGACCCUGACGAGGAUGGCGAGUAUGCGUAUGCCUGGUGGAACGACAUCGGGCAAAUUCUCUAUCAUACGGCAACAAUGAUGCCAUCUUCUGGGGAUGAGCGUUCGAUGAACAAGAAGCGACAUAUCGGUAACGAUUUCGUCCGGAUCGUCUGGAACGACUCCGGCAUGCCAUAUAAAUUUGAUACCCUGGCAACUCAGUUCCAAUUUGUCAACAUCGUCAUCGAGCCGCACUCGCGAGGAGCGAUCGCUGCGUUCUCUAACAACCUGCACGAACACGAGUACUUCAAGGUCAUUGUACAGCGCGCUCCUGGGAUGACCGAGUUCUCGCCCAUCGGGGAUUUCAAGCUUAUUUCCGCUGAAAACCUCCCUCUCCUUGUUCGACAACUUAGCCUCUUGACAGACUGGUUCGUUUCUGUCUUUCAGCACACGAAAAAUGAUACAGUGCGCGUCGAAAUGCCGACUAACUGGCUUGCGCGACUGCAAGCUAUCAAAAGAUUCCGGGCGCAGGUGUCUGAUGCACCUCAACCACCACCUGCAGAGGCAGGUGUAAUGGGUCAAGUCCACCGAGAUUUCACAGCAGCAUACUAA